UCAAAACCAUAUUAAGACAUAAAUAUAAUUUAGAGUUAUACUCUGACAGCUGAAACACCUUUAAAGUACCUGCAGAGCAGGUGAGACGAGAAAAGCCCCUGAGAAUUAAGUGCGGACUUUUUCCAUUGCUGGGUGUGGGAGUGUAAACACGAAGAGGCGAUACCUUAAAACUGAAACUGAAACAAAAACAGGCACUCACAGAGCGGCACAAACAAGUGUUUGACGGGCUGAAAGUUCUCAUGUUAGUGUAGAAUUGCAGAUAAAAUGGAUCAAUAUCCGUAUCCACUGUUUUUUAAAGCCACUGACUUUACAGACAGAGAGAAGGAGAAAGUGAGGAGAUACUUUCAGAAAAGGCGAGACUCCGGGGGUGGCGACUGUGGAAAUCUUGAAAAACUCGGAGGAAGCGUUUAUAAAAUCUGUUUCAAGGAAAAAGAAGAUCAAGACAGAGUUUUGCAGAGGAAGUUUCACACCAUCACUCUUCCGAGUGGAGAAGUGCGGCUGACCGUGAGCCGGACAAGUUCACCACAGACCUCUGACCAGCCAUCGACAAGCCAAUCACUGAUCUCUAGAAACCCAAACAUAAAAGGUCUUGAGAAGACUUUCAGGAUAGAUGUUUUCCUGAUGUUUUUCCUGAGAGACAACUGUAAAGCAUACAAUUUUUUGGAAAAACAACUGUCUUCAAUCGGCUGCACAGUGGAGCUAAAUUUUGAUGAAGAGGAGGUUUUGGUUAGAGGGGAGGUUGACAAGGGUCCAGGAGGAGGAUUUGGUGGCGCUGCAGAGAAAUGGGAGUAUCAGGUGGAUCAGGUCUUUGUCCAGCUCACCGAGACCUACCUCUGCUAUCAUGUGCUUGAACCAAAACAGAUGAAAAUGGUACUGCAGGAUUCGGCCUUUAAGACAGAUGAUAUCAAAGUUUACACAGAGAGUGGCUAUGCUGUGGUUGUGGGAGAGGUUGAUGCCAUGAAUGAGAAGAUUGCAAUUCUGGAAAAAAGCCUACCCACCAAAAAGGAAGUGCCAAUUGUGGAGAAGAAGUUCAAGCUCAUAGAAGAAGAGUACAAUCGAGAAAUGCGUGCUAAUUGUCCAGAGGUUGCAAUCAUCAGAGGUAGUGCCAUGAUCACUUUGGAGGGCCCUGACAAAGAGGUGCAGUCAGGAGCUGCAAAACUGGUUGAACUGAUUAAGAACGUAAAGGAGAAGAGCGUUAAGUUCCCUACAGCUCUGCUAACCUUCAUGAAGACCAGUGAUGCCAUCCCAAAAUACCAAACUCGCUUCCAGCAGAGCCUCAGAAACCCUGUUUUCUUUGAGGUGGGUGCAGAUCUGGUUCUGUCCAGUUUGUCCUCUGAUGCUCUGAAUGAGGCCGAGGCAGCAGUAAUGAGAGACUUUAAAGUGACCACUGUACAGCUGCAGGGUGCAAUAGAUCUCAACAGGUUGAAAGAAAUUCUGAUGAAAGCCAAGUACGAGGCAAACAGUAGAGAGUUCAGAGUGGACAUCAGCUACAUGCCAGGCGCCAGGGGAACCUCAACAACCAAAGUCCAACUGGUGGGCUACAGUGAAAAUGUGGCCAAGCUCAAUGAAGUUCUUCAUGACUUCCAGUUGAAUCAAGUUUCAACUCAAGAAAACAUCAAUCUGCUUCAUCAUGACACUGUCUACUGUUUUAAUAAAAUCUUAGACUUGAUUGGCAUGAAGCAGACCAAGGAGGUCAAGGAGGCCCUAACAUCAACUCUAGACAGUGUUGUAGUAGACACUUUGACUCUAGAUGGACCAGGGGCUCAGCAGUACUUCCAGGAAGAGGCAAACUGCAGCCAUCCCAAAUGUGCAAAGACCACGAAACACCAGCAGACUCAGCGACACACCUAG